AGUAGCCAAACAUAUUGGUCAAUGUUGGUUAAGUUCAUUAAAAUUUUGUAUAAGGUUCAAAUUAAAGGAUUCUAAAGUGACGCUUUACAUUAUUUAGCAAAAUAUGGAGAAUCGCAACUAACGAGUCAAGCCUCAAAAUAAAGAUGUCAGCCUUUUGUUGCUUAAAAAAUUGUUUAGAUGGCUUCGCUCUAAAUUCUUCAAUUCAAAAUGUAUCUAAACCAAAUCCAAUUCACUUAGACACCUCCUGUAUGGGAUAUGAAGUUGUCAUUGUUAAAGGGGGUCAGAGGGUCUGUGGUUCAGGAGCUGUUUUGGGUAGUGCUCCAUUAGUGCAAUCGAAAUCAUAUUUUGAAGUCAAAAUUCAACAAAGUGGUUCAUGGUCUGUUGGAUUAGCUUCAAGACAAACUGAUCUCAGUCUAACAAGAGGAGGAAUGGAUAAAUACUCCUGGGCUCUUUGUAGCGAUCAUGUGAUAAGACAUAAUAAGCAAGAACUACACAAAAUAGAUAUGUCGAAUGUGGAUUCUGAUAUUGAUUCAUUGCAAGAAGGAGUUGUUAUUGGAGUCGCUUUCGAUCAUAUUCAAAUAAGGUUUUACUUGAAUGGGAAAGAAAUUGAUUAUGCAUUGCCUAAUGUAAAAGGCAAAGUAUAUCCAGCUUUAUAUGUUGAUGAAGGAGCUAUAUUAGAUAUAGUAUUAGAUAAUUUUAAUUACCCACCGCCCUCCGGAUUUGAAAGGAUCAUGUUGGAGCAGUCACUUCUUUAAUCCUUCUCCAAGGAUUAAUUAAUGUACAUAAAGUACAUAAGCAAAAAAAUCACAAAACUAAGCUGUUUACAGAGUCUCAAAAUUGUUUUGUUAGUCAUUGUGUAACAAAUAAUUGUUGUAACACUUAAAAAUUCAUACAUUAAUCUUCAUGUACAAAACAUAAAAUGUAAAAAUGUAAGAAAUAUAUGCAUAACAUAAUCUCUUCAAAUUUAACAUCUUGAAAAAUUACUUUUUGUUAUUUCUUAAUUCCUUAGAUUAUUUAAUUUAAAGUUAAUUAUAUUGUUUUUGGGUUUUACUGAAAACUUUUUUCGUCCUUGGUAAUAUUGACAAAAAUAUUUGUGCCUAGAAUAUAUAUACUUUAUAAGUCAUUAUUUAUUCUGUUUAUUCAAAGCAGUCAUCUGGGUCCACAGUAAAAGUUGUGCCCAGGCAACUGUUUAGAAAUUAGAGUCUUUCACAUUACAGAAUGAAGCUGCAAAUUGAACUGCAUAAUUUUUAUCCUAAGUAAAGCCUUGAGACCUUUGUUUUAUAUGUAUUAACCAUAUUUAUACUGCAUAUAUGGUUAUUCACAUUUACAUUUUCAGUAUUGUCGAGAGAGACAUUUGCCAUUAAAAUGACACUCAUGUGGAAUCUUGUAUAUCCUAACAUAUCUUGGAGUAGACAAGGUAGAUGUCGCCAGGCUACGGUAUACCGCAACCAUUGUUUUAUUGUGUGAAUUUAAUUUGUAAAAACCGAAUCAUGAAAUGUCUUGCAACUUUGAUGUAUGAGCAAAAAAGAAUUAUGCCACUUCGCAUGCUGCUCCAUUCUCUAAUGGGUAGGACUCGGCAAGUUAAUUAUGUAAAUAUGUAUCUAAUACCUUGAAUAUGUUUCACAAAUAUAAGUGUGAUAACUCCCAACAAGGAUAACAGACUUUCAAGUGCUAAGUGUGAGCCCACAGCACAAGAUAAAUCCUACCUAAACCUUGUAAACUAUUUAAAAGCAUAUAUUUUUCAAAAAAACUUCAAACAUUUUUAUUUUUUACUCAAACUGAUUCACUACUGACAGUAUACUCCACCUACAUCUCCACCCAACAAACCAACAUUAAAUUAACGACACUGGUUUACCCUGUCGUCAUAGUGCAGCCUGAGAUGGCUUUCGGUAUAUAAACCAAAUUUGGUUGAAAAAAAGCUUUUUCCUAAAUCAAUCAAUUUCAAGCAACUUUGGACCAUGAAAAAAACAAAGGCGCCUUCCAGAUCAAAAUGUGCUAUAUUAUUCUUCUAUUUCUGUUUAUAAAUGAUUACGAAUGAAUGCCUCAAUUUAAUUCGAAAAUGAAAAAUUCCAUGACGUUUAGUAACCACCCACCUUUAUGAAUUUGUAAUGUGAAAAUGAAAAAUUCCAUAAAUUCCUAACCACCAAGCAACUAAACAUAUUAAAUUAAAUCAAGAAAAUCGAAAAUAGAAAUUCAGCGAUCAUAAAUCACAAGUAUCAUUUAUACAUAUCUGAAACAUCAAGAGGUCAGCAAGACCGGGAAUACGCCCUAUUGUCAACAUUUCUAAACUUGCAGUAUAUAUAUAUUUUUUUAAGUUUUAGUUAUAAACUAAAUUCUCGAACAAAAUAGAAGCCUAGAAAUAUCAAUGCUUUUUUUUUCGGC